AUGGGCAUCAACAACAUCAUCAGAUACGAGCACGAACAUGAGCACGACGGACUUGUUCGGCCUCGUUCUUUGGGCGAGAAGCAGGGCGGACUCGUGCAGGAGUUUGAGAUCGAGGAGGAGCUUCCUUCAGCAAUGGGUUCUUCUGUCUCGACUUCGUCUGUGAUCUCCGACCCGAACUCGUCUCCUUUCCAGCUCAACAGAGAUAGCACUGUGCACGACGUUUUGAAGGCCAAUCGGACUGCCAUUGACCGUCUCCAAGCCACAACUCCCAGGGUUUUAGAAAAAUCCGGAUUGGGCCAGUCGCCACACACGUUGUGGGUUGGCUGCUCCGACUCGCGUGUGAACGAGUGCACUGCGCUGGGCUGUGUUCCGGGCGAGAUUUUCACCCUUAGAAACAUCGCCAAUUUGAUCUCGUACCAGGACUUCUCGUCGAUGUCUGCGUUGCAGUUCGCGAUCGACGUUUUGAAGGUGAAACGUAUCAUUGUGUGCGGCCACACUGACUGCGGAGGCGUGUGGGCCUCGUUAUCUAAUAAAAAAAUCGGCGGGGUGCUGGACAAUUGGCUCGCCCCAGUUAGACAGCUGCGUGCGUCGCAUUUGGCCGCACUGAAAAAGAUCGAGGACCCUUUCGACAGAUGCACAAAGUUGAGCGAGCUCAACAUCGCCAAUUCCAUCAGUCAAAUCCGCAAACAUGCCAGCUUUGUGGCUGCCUCCAAGUUCGAGGGACUGGAAAUUAUGGGUUUUAUUUAUGACGUGAAAACCGGCCUUCUCAGAGAGGUCGAGACCGUGAACGAGUUCUCCGACGAUCAGGACUUGGACGACGUUUUCCAUCUCCACGAUGGUGACAACGGUGAAAGAGCGCACUAG